AAUGAUUCCAACAAAUAUUGUCGUAUGUGGAGGUGGAAAUGGUUCUCAUGCCACUGUAGCAUCAGCAGGUCGUUUUGAAAACAUUUAAGUGAAUGUCUUUACUAGAAAACCUCAAGAUUGGAAACAAGAAAUUGUAGGAUUGACCAAAGGAAGUCCAUGGGAAUCACUUGGAAAUUUUGUUGGUAUGUUCUUUAAUUUUCAAUAAUUAAGGAAAAAUUAAUAAGGUUUCUAAUAAUCCUUAAGAUUUUCCUGGAGCAAAAUUAUGGAUCAUAGGAGGACCAGCUCAUGUUCAUCAUGAAAUAUUAUAAAAAAUUGCUCCAUUUGUAACAAAGGAUUCAUUUGUGGUAAAUAUUAUUAUAAAUAGAAUAAAGGGUACAUUAUAUGCAUAAGGUGGAUUUGAAUGGAUGUGCAGAAGCGUUUUUGGAGAUAGAAUCAAAACCGAUAACAUCACUUACUUUGGUCUUUAUAAUAUUCCUUGGCUUUGCAAAAUUUUUAAAUAUGGAGAAUCUGUAAGAAUAAUUGGUCCAAAAACUAAGCUUUAAUGUGCACUCUCAAAUUUAAGUAGGAAAGAAGAACUCUUUUUAUUAUUGGAGAACAUGUUUUAAAUUCCUGUACUUUAAGCACCCAAUUUUUUAACUUUAACAUUAACUCCUAGCAAUCAAAUCAUUCAUCCUGCUAGAGUCUAUGCUGUAUUUCGAGUAUGAAUAAUUAUGUUUAUUUUUAGAAUUGGGAUGGUAAAUAAGUUUUUCAACCUAGUGAAGUACCUACAUUUUAUGAAGAUUUUGAUGAUUUUAGUGCCUAUAUGCUCCAAAUUUUGGAUGAUGAAAUCUAAGCUAUCAAAAGAGAGAUCCUCAAAAGAUACCCUCAUUUUAAUUUAGAUCUAAUUAUACCAAUUAAGGAAAGAAUUAUUUAAUAAUAUGGUGAUCAAGUUAAAGAUAAAUCUAAUUUGAAAACUGUAUUUAGAACUAAUGCUGGAUAUGCUACUAUUUAAAUACCUACUAAACCUGUUUAAGGAGGUGUUUAAUUAAAUACUGAAGCUAGAAUCUUUUGGGAAGAUAUUCCUUAUGGAUUAUGUAUACUUAAAGUAAUUAUAUCAUAAUAUUGAAUUUUAGGAUUUAUCAGAAAUGCUUGGUUUAUAAACACCUGGUACUGAUAAAAUGAUUGAGUGGCAUUAAAAAUUUAUGAAUAAGGAAUAUCUGAAAAAUUCUAGAUUAAAUAGAAAUUUAUUAAAGGAAACAGGAGCUCCUUCUAAAUAUGGAUUGGAUACUUUAGAGAAGGUAUUAGGUAUAUAGGAAGUUCCUUAAUAAAUACCAAAAUUGUGAA